AUGAGGGAUGACGGCGAGCUGGAUGCAGAGAUGCUGGCGCUGACCGAAUUAGCGCACGGGAGGAUUUUUUUUUAUACAACUCACGGCUCAGGGAUGGAGAUGCUUUUCUCUGACUCCAAACAGCAGCAGUUUUGCAUGUGUAAUGAGAGCACUGGUCAUGGACAGAUGAUGGACGUGGAGACGUCGUACUCGGACUUCAUCAACUGUGAUCGCACGGGCCGCAGGAACGCAGUGCCUGACAUCGCAGGGGAGGAAAAGGGAGGGGCGAGCACGAGCGAACUCACCAAAGACCUGGCAGGGAUGGACCUGAAGGCUCCAGCAGGAGAGCCGGGGGCCACUCCUGCCCCUGAGGCAGAAGGCUCCACUAGCCAAGAUGCCCAGGGAGGUGGGGGUCCAUCUUAA